UCCGCGGGACGCGGGGCGGCGCAUGGGGAAGGAGCCCGGCGCGGCGAGGCACGGCGCCUGCCGCUUCUCCUUGCGGAGCGCUGCCAGCUCUUCCUGGAAGUCCUGAGUCGCGCACGGCGCAGUGAGUUCAUGCACCUCCUCGCCAAGCCUCAGCCUGCGGGAUCUGGGGAGGCUGCCGCCAGCACACCGCCCGGUCCCCCGCGCCCGCUCGCCGCCGCCGCCCGGGGGUCUUCCUCCCCGGGGGCAACCGCCGCCGCCCCCUCGCACAUGAAGAUGUACGUGCAAAGGGCUCUGGUGCUGCUCUCCCUGCUGAGCUUCGCCACCGUGAGCCUCUCGCUGUCCUCCUGCACCACCUUGGACCUGGACCACAUCAAGAAGAAGAGGGUGGAAGCCAUCCGGGGGCAGAUCCUGAGCAAGCUGCGGCUCACCAGCCCCCCGGAGACCGUGGGGCCGGCCCAUGUGCCCUACCAGAUCCUGGCGCUCUAUAACAGCACCCGGGAGCUGCUGGAGGAGAUGGAGGAGGAGAAGGAGGAGAGCUGCUCGCAGGACAACACCGAGUCCGAAUACUAUGCCAAAGAGAUCCAUAAAUUUGACAUGAUCCAGGGCCUCCCCGAGCACAAUGAGUUGGGCAUUUGUCCAAAAGGUGUCACCUCCAACGUGUUCCGCUUUAAUGUGUCCUCGGCAGAGAAGAACAGCACCAACUUGUUCCGGGCUGAGUUUCGAGUGCUGCGUGUGCCCAACCCAAGCUCCAAACGCAGCGAGCAGCGCAUUGAGCUCUUCCAGAUCCUUCGUCCGGAUGAGCACAUAGCAAAGCAGCGCUACCUCAGUGGCAGGAAUGUGCAGACACGGGGCUCCCCUGAGUGGCUUUCCUUCGAUGUCACCGAGACUGUGCGCGAGUGGCUUCUGCACAGAGAGUCCAACCUUGGCCUGGAAAUCAGCAUACACUGUCCUUGCCAUACUUUUCAGCCCAAUGGGGACAUCUUGGAGAAUCUGCAUGAGGUCUUGGAGAUCAAGUUCAAAGGCAUUGACAGUGAGGAUGACUAUGGCCGUGGGGACUUGGGGCGCCUGAAGAAGCAGAAAGACUUGCAUAAUCCUCACCUCAUCUUGAUGAUGUUACCCCCACAUCGGCUGGAGAGCCCAGCGCUGGGAGGCCAGAGAAAGAAACGGGCCCUGGAUACCAACUACUGUUUCCGGAACCUGGAGGAGAACUGCUGUGUGCGUCCUCUAUACAUCGACUUCCGACAGGACCUUGGCUGGAAAUGGGUCCACGAGCCCAAGGGCUACUUCGCUAACUUCUGUUCAGGCCCUUGUCCAUACCUCCGCAGCGCAGACACCACUCACAGCACGGUGCUGGGCUUAUACAACACGCUGAACCCUGAGGCAUCUGCUUCGCCCUGCUGUGUACCCCAGGACCUGGAGCCGCUCACCAUCUUGUACUAUGUCGGGAGGACCCCCAAAGUGGAGCAGCUCUCCAACAUGGUGGUGAAAUCCUGCAAGUGCAGCUGAAAGGCACCCUGGCCCGCCCAAAGCCAAGAGAGAAACUGUCAGCACCCACUCUCCUGCUCCCAGGAUAAUACAAAAGGAACUGGGGGUCAGAGACUACGCAUGCUGAGGGCCAAGUGCCAAACCCUGUGGCUUACGGUCUGGCAGCCCUUGGGGAUCUCUUUUGGAACAUUUCUUGGUCUUGUUGGCAGUGUCAUGUUCCUUCUGGGAGUUAACUUUGGUGACACGAAGGCCACACUCUUCAAAAUGGCUGGACAGUUGGUGCGGAAGAGAAGGAUAGGGUGGAGGAACUGCUGUAUUUGAAUGCUGGGUGGUUGAGCUGGGAAAGCAAGGGAAUGAGAAAGAGCACAGGGAAUGGAAAUGGGGAGAUGUUUUCUAUUCUACCUUUAGCUACCUUGGGACCUCAGCCCUCCCCACUGGCCUGAAGAAUUAAAGGUUUCCCCUGUAGGAGGAAACGAUGGAAGUUUCUUUAGAGAAAGAAAAUGCACCAAGAAGGGAAGCUGCUGAGAGAAGAAAUGGUCAGAGAUACACUUAGACUUUUGUUCCUCAGAGGUGUGAUCCAGGAGUCCUGCAACUGAAACUCUGUCUCUGCCAAACCUGUAAGUUCAGUUGGCAGAUCCUGGCUAUUCAUUUCUAAUGCAAACUGCAAGGCUCCCAGCCAGCCUGCUGAGGGUGGGCAAAUACAAGGAAAGAGGGUGCCGAGUCCAUUUUCAGAGGGACUGAUGUCUCCAUUCAGCUCUUUUCCCUUCCUGAAGUUUCUGAGAGAUUGUUUCUGGGUCAGGGCAAGAGCAGUAUCUGUGGGUACCUGAAUACUGGGCCCAUUCAUUUGUGAGCUGAUAACACCCGGAGGAUCUCCUGUCUGUUGUUUGUGAGGUGCUUCAAGGUGUUCUGCAUGAUGACCUGAACGUGGCCCAGGCCUCACCUGCCAAGACUUAAAAAAUAGUAAUCUCAAAAACAUUGUAAAAAAUAAAUAUUUGGGGGGGGAGAUGCUCUUUUUUUUCACAAGCAAGUUGUUUGUUGGAGGGUUGGAUGGUUUUCUGUUUUUAAACUGUUACUGCUGUGGCAUACUCA